AUGGCGGACGAGGUCAAGCCUACGGCGGUACCCACGACGCACGAUACCUCGGGCGCUGAGAAGGGACGUCGUGCUUCUAUGGCGGCUGCCGAGGACAUCAAUGCCAACAUCAAUGCUCGUAUUUCAAACCCAUUGAAGGGACUCACCCACGAUGAACUCUUCAGAAGAGUGGACGACCUCAUCGACUCCCAGGGCCUUCAGGACGAACGCGCCCUUCUGAGAAAGGGUGCAUUGGUCGCCCAGGAGCCAGAGAGGUACGAGGAAAUCAAGGGCGAACAUGCCCUGACCGAUGAAGAAAUCGAGUGGCUGCGUGUUGAAGUCACUCACAAGUGGCGCGUCCCCAAGCUGCUAUACAUGACCAUCAUUACUUGCUCCAUUGGUGCCGCCGUCCAAGGAUGGGAUCAGGAAGGCAGCAAUGGUGCAAACUUGUCAUUCCCGAAACAAUUCGGUAUUGGAGACGAAACCAGGGAUCGUGACACCUUCCUUGUCGGUCUCAUCAACUCUGCCCCUUACAUUGGCUCUGCUCUCAUUGGUUGUUGGUGCUCGGAUCCUCUGAACAACUACUUUGGACGCCGUGGUACGAUCUUCAUCUCUGCCAUUUUCUGUUUGAUCACCCCCAUCGGUGGUGCUUUGACACAGAAUUGGCCACAACUCUUAAUCACGAGACUUCUACUCGGCAUUGGUAUGGGCAUCAAGGCUUCGACUGUCCCAAUUUUUGCUGCUGAGAACAGCCCGGCUGCGAUUCGAGGUGCUUUGGUCAUGACUUGGCAGAUGUGGACGGCCUUUGGUAUCCUUCUCGGUGUCACGGCGAACUUGGUUGUUGGUAGAGUGGGUGACAUUGCCUGGAGGUUGCAAGUUGGAUCUGCAUUCAUCCCAGCUAUUCCGCUCUGUAUCCUUAUUCUCUUUUGCCCCGAAUCUCCUCGAUGGUACAUUAAGAAGAACCGCUACAAGGAUGCCCUCGGCUCGCUCAUCAAGCUCCGAAACUCCAAGAUCCAAGCUGCUCGCGACUUGAUCGCCAUCGAUGCACAGGUCCGACUCGAGCGCGAGGCUAUUGGCGAUUCUACUUACAUCAAGCGUUUUGUUGAGUUGUUCACUAUUCCUCGAGUCCGAAGAGCGACGCUGGCUUCCUUUGUCGUCAUGAUUGCUCAGCAGAUGUGCGGUAUCAACAUCAUUGCCUUUUACUCGUCCACCGUCUUCAAGCAGGCUGGUACCGACGACUUCAACGCCCUGCUCGCCUCUUUCGGUUUUGGUGUCGUCAACUUCCUCUUUGCUUGGCCAGCCAUCUGGACCAUUGACACGUUUGGUCGCCGCUCCCUCCUCCUCUUCACGUUUCCCAACAUGGCGUGGACUCUGUUGGCUGCUGGUCUUUGCACCUUGAUUCCUGGCAAGGGCGGUGCUCACUUGGGUCUCGUGGCGCUGUUCAUUUAUCUGUUCGCAGCAUUCUACUCACCCGGUGAAGGUCCCGUGCCUUUCACUUACAGUGCCGAGGUUUUCCCUCUAUCGCACAGAGAGGUUGGCAUGUCAUGGGCUGUUGCCACGUGUUUGUUCUGGGCUGCUGUUCUGUCCAUCACUUUCCCCAAAAUCUUGGCGUCCCUCGAUGUUAUUGGCGCUUUCUGUCUGUAUGCCGGUUUCAAUGUUGUGGCGUUUGUCAUGAUUUUCCUCUGGGUCCCUGAAACCAAGCAACGUACACUCGAAGAAUUGGACUACGUCUUUGGUCUCCCAACCGCCAAGUUUGUCCAGUACCAAUUCCGCAAGGCCCUCCCCUGGUGGUUCAAGCGAUGGGUGCUCUUCCAGAAGGGUGCUGUACUGGAGCCGCUUUACCACUUCGACUCGGGAUCCGACUCUGAUGGAUACGGCGACGACAAGGCGCAGACCGGAUUCUCCGAGACCAAGGAGCUACACGGGACACCUGCUCGAACGGAGCUUGGUACUGGCCCUGGAUCGACGGCUGAGCCAGUCGAGGCGCCCACCGAUAACGAAAUAAGCAAACAUUAA